AUGAAGGGUAAGGGUGGACCGGAGAACUCCCAUUUUAGUUACAGAGGUGUAAGGCAGAGGAGAUGCGGUAAGUGGGUCGCAGAGAUUCGAGCACCAAACAGGGGUACAAGACUCUGGCUUGGUACAUUCCCGACACCACUCGAAGCUGCGAUGGCGUAUGACGAGGCUGCAAGGGCCAUGUACGGUCCUGUAGCCCUGCUAAAUCUUUCAAACAACGCUUCAGUGAAGGAGGCACCUACAUCAAGCAGUGAUUGUUCGUCAGACAUAUCAGCAUCAUCUUGCAUGGAUUAUAGUUUGGAUUGCUUAAAACCAAGCUGGCCAGAAGAUUAUGACUACAUGUUGUAUGUGCCAGGAACACUUGAUUUGAUAUUACCAGAUCUUGUGUAA